AAUCGUAAACCUAUCAACGGCAAAGUCGAUUGGCGCAUAUGAUACCCGGAGUCCGCCGCGGAUUGCGACGACGUGACAGCUAGCUGUCAUCUGGGAUCCAAAACAAUAAAAACACGACUGUCUUCACGAUAAGAUAUCGGUCUACAUUCUGCGAACAUCAACAAACAUUGAACAUCAUUGAACACGGGACUUUACGCGACCACGGGAGGGGGAGAGGCGAGUGGAAUAUCUGCCGGAGCAAGUCGCUCCGAAUCAGCUGUUAGCCACUCGCGAUGGUUGGGCCACUCAGCAUCUCUUUGAAGUUUCGCUGAUCACCAUGGCGGCAAACAAGACCGUGGUCGUCCUCGCGCCGAACGGCCGCCGGCAGAAUGUGCGGGUUACGAUCAACACGACGAUCCUGCAGGUUCUGGAGGAGGUAUGCCAGAAGCAGGGCUACAACGCCGACGACUAUGACAUUAAACACAAUCGGCAGAUACUAGAUCCUAACACGAUAUUCCGUUUCACCGGCUUGCCGAAUAACGCACAGCUGGAGAUGGUGGCCUGUACGAAGAUGCGUGCCGCGUCGAACGUCACCAUCGGCAUUCAGCCGGAGGACGGGGAAAGAAUAUUGCGCGAGUUCCCGCCGGACACGACUUUGGCUCGGGCGUUGACGGAAAUCUAUCCCGAUUCUGACCUUGAGAGAGCUGUGUUGAUAUACAUGCAUCGUGAAGUGUGCGGUAGAGAAGCGUUAGAGAAAACGACGUUGAAGUCGCUAGGUCUCAAUAGCGGAAGAGCGAUAUUAAGGCUGAUAUAUCGCGACCAUGAACAGUUAAAAACACAGGCACAUGUAUCUACGCCUUUGCUUCCAAAGUCAGUCCUUGCAGAUGCUUCCUCGAGCGAUAAAGAUUACCAAAGAGUGCCAUCUACAUCACACUGUAGUAAGACAAUAAACGAGACAAUUAAUGUGCCAACAAAAAGCAUAUCAAUAAUGAAAAAUCAGGAAGAAUCGGGAGAUGAGAUAAAGGUAGAAACGAAAGAUGAGGGAAUAAAUACGCUCAAUGAUAAAAAACAAGAGAGAGAUGUAUCUAAAAUAGAAGUAAAUCAUUCCAGCCAUGAAGAUCAUAAUGACAAACAAGAUCGAAGUAUCACAGAAACAUGCGCAGCCCAGGAAAACGCGUAUGAAAUUAAGUUUUUAGGGGAGAGAAACGCUCUGGUGUUUAAUCAGGCUGGGACUCAGGCAUUGCCAAGGGAUGAGUUGCCAGACAGUUUUUUCGAUCUCGAUCUACACGACGCGAAAACACUCUUGCGAGAUGCUAAACGUCGCCGAGAACAGUUCGAGGACGCUCCGCUUUUGACAGAGACGCAGCGUCAGUUGGAUCGUGACAAGCACAUUCUGGACCGAUUGAAUAAGUAUCGUCGCGCCGUGAUUCGCAUACAAUUUCCCGAUCAGUUCGUUCUUCAGGGUUUGUUUGGACCACUGGAGACCAUCCAAACUGUUAAAGACUUCAUCAAAAGCUAUUUAGACAAUCCAGAUUGUGAAUUCACUAUCUAUACUACUCCACCAAGGCAUACUUUAAACCCCGACGCACGACUAAUAGACGAAAAUCUUGUUCCUUCUGCUAUCGUUUAUUAUUCCGGGCAAUCAUCGCUAAAGUCGAGUGUAAAAGCAAAUUUGACAGAUCCUAGAGUUGCCGGGAUCGAAGCUAUAAAGUCUAGAACCGCUACGACGCGGAAAGAACAAGAUCUAACGACUGAAAGUGAUAGAGGCACAGUUGUCGAGAGCAAUCAUGUCACUCCAGGACCGAGUGGUAGCGGCAAAUCAUCAUCGUCAUCAGCUCAGAAUCAAAACAAGACACCAAAAUGGUUCAAACAGGCAUUCAAAUAAUCGAUCACCGACACCUUGAAUUUUAAUACAAAUAAUAUGAGAUUUCUAUGAGGAUCUAUGUAUACGCCAGUACACGAACGCGUAUACAUACAUGUUGUCAUACGUAUUCCUCUAACGAGUCUUAAUAAAAUAUACAAAUCUGUACACAACAAACGUUCGUGUCUCUCAUUAUUCUAAUUAAAAUGUACAAAGCUUUACACGUAAUAGAUUCUGAUUUGGUAAAAUUAGUUAUAAAAGUGGAAAUAAAUGAUACAUAUAUAAAUA